GGUCGGAUUUAGAUCGCUCUGUGUUUCUCGCGAUUAUCAUCUAAAAGUGAAUCUCGCGCGCGAGAAUUAAUCGCGAGUGUUCCGUGAGUGUCGAACGUUUAUCGUAACGUGUUGAUCAUCGCGUACAAUCGCUGAACUGCCUGUGCCCGAAAUCGAGCAAAAUUCUCUCCCCUUCCCUCAGCGCCGACAUAUAUUUCACUCCGUUAUUUUCUCGCCAAAAUGCAGCGAAAAUGCAAUUGAUGUACGACUAUAAUCAGUGUAGAAAAUUAAAUUCAGUGAAGAAGAGCAAGUUGAAUCGUUCGCUGCGUUUGAAAGGCGGCGCGCAAACCGCGAGCGUGGCGGCGCUCAAGCUGAAGCGCGGACAUGAGGUGGCGCCAGCCGCGCCCGUAUAAGAGCCGCGUCCGUGAAGCUGCACGCUUCAGUAGUGUGGGUGAUCGUAGCGGGAGGAGGGUGGCUCCGCGCGCGGCCGCACCGCGAAACCGUGCCCACUCGCCUCGACCACGGAACGUCCACUCGUUUUCACGUCUCGUGCGAAAACAUGGCGGCCAGCGACGACGAGCCGAUGCAUCUCUACGAGGUCUUUCAGAACUGCUUCAAUAAGAUCGCCAACAAGCAGCCUGAAAAGCCAGGAUUUCAAACGCCGUAUGGUUCCACGAUAGACAAUGGAAUGGCGUAUGGCGGUGGUGCAUUCGGCCCUACAGCGGGUGGACCAGGCGGGGGGCCGGGUGGAGGCGGCGGGGGCGGCGGAGGUGGCAGCGGGGGUGGCGUUGAGGGCGCCACCUAUCCCCCGGAUUCACCGUAUUUUCCGUUCGGGACCCGGGGUGUACCGGUUACCGUAGGUACCGUGAGUACCCCCACCCCCGUCGUCAAUCCAGCGACCCCCACUGGUACCAACGGCGCACGGUUACCUAAUCCCGCUGGCGGUGCUGCGACUGUAAAGAGAAAGAAGGACAACCUCGACGGACCGGAAGGAGAGGUAGUAGCAACGCAGCAUUGGGUUAACUCGUAA